AUGGCGGCCGCCCCGGGCGCGUUGUCUGGCCUCCCGGCCGCUCGACGAAUCCCCUCCUCCCGCCAGGCCCCACCCUGCGGAGCCAUGGCGCCAUCCCGCAAAAAUCUGCACGGCCAACAGUCGGCGCGAUCCGCGCGGCGGUCCGGUCACGUGGUCCGGGCGGCUGAGUCGAAUUCGGGGGGAGGGGGCCAGAGCUGGCUGCAGGUGCUCUGCCCCUUCUUGAAGAUGUUCUCGGGUGGGGACCCGGCGGAGGCGCGGCCCAGGUGGCUCGAGGUGACCACAUCUGGCCUAGCGUCGAUCACCCGCAUGCCCUAUGGCACGUCCGCUGGGGAUGCAAGCCGCAACAGAGCAUCUGACCCAGCGCAGCCACUGCAGCUGUAUGAAUUCGAGGCGUGCCCAUUCUGCAGGAGGGUGAGGGAGGCCGUGACGGACCUUGACCUCACAGUUGAUGUGUAUCCUUGUCCCAAGGAUGCCAUUCGCAACCGUGCCGAGGUGCUCAGCAGGGGUGGCAAGUCCAUGUUCCCCUACCUCAUCGACCCCAACACGGGCAAGGAAAUGUACGAGAGCGCCGAGAUCGUGCAGUACUUGUAUGAUACCUAUGGCGCAGGGGCUCAAGUCCCUGAGGGUCUGGUCAAUUCGACUUUGAGGACGGGAUGGAUGCCAACGCUGCUCAGGAUUGGCCGGGGGUUGGUGCGGUAUGAGAACGCGGAGAGGGAAGCGCCUGAGAAGCUGCUGGAGCUGUACAACUAUGAGAACAACCAGUUUGCCCGCCUGGUGAGAGAGGCCCUGUGCGAGUUGGAGCUGCCUUAUCGGCUGAUCAGCGCUGGCAAGGGCAGCAAGAACAGGAACAAGCUGGAGGAGGAGUCGGGAAAGACGACCGUGCCCUACCUGGUGGAUCCCAACAAAGGCGUCAAGAUGGCGGAGUCAGACCAGAUAGUGGAUUAUCUGUUCAAGAACUAUAGCCGCCAGCCGGUGGGCCAGAGUGCUAGCUAG